UGUUGAUCAUUAAUGCUUAGAGGCUUCCAUUACUUGGAAAAUAAUACGCGUUUCAUCAACACAUUUCAUGAAUCUUUCCAAGAAAUAAUCCCCUAGCGACUUUGUUAAGAAAACCUCAUAAAAUAUUGAGCAAAAAUUCCCUAUAUAUACAUCGAGAUAUUCGAAGUUGGUGCAAAAAUACCUCAAAGCAUGAUCUCUAAAUAGUUUUCGUAGAUAUGGAUGUUAAUCUAGACAGGAUAUUAAUACCUGUAAUUUUGUGCAUAGUUGGAAUCUCGCUUCACAAUUCUACGUCAUCAACAUCUUUUCUAGUGUUUUUCGUGAUUAACACAAUAAUUUUUGUCAUUCUUGUGGGAAGUCGUAAGCCAUAUUUAGCAGAAGUUGACAUGGCUUUGCCUCUAUUUCCAUCUUUUUCGGAAGUAAGGGGAGAAACACAAGGUGACAUCUUGGAGGAUGCAACGGAUGAAAAAGUUGAUGAAAGUGAUGACGUGUAUAGUAAAUUUCUUGGUGAUAUUAAAGAUGAAAGUGUGGAUAAUGUUGAUGACAAGGCUUUGCCUUUACUUCCAUCUUUUUUUGAAGUAAGGGGAGAAGCACAAGGUGGUUUCUUAGAGAAUGCAAUUGAUGAUAAAGUUGAUGAAAGUGAUGAUGGUGCACAUAGUAAAGAUGAAAGUGAGGACAAUGUUGAUGAAAUUAUAAGGCAAGAGCAAGAAGAAUCCGAUGACAAUCUUAAGACAAGAAUUGAAAGCUUCAUUGCCAAGGUCUACAAUGGAUGGAUUGAGGAGAGCCAUUGGGAUAAAUAUGGCAUAGAUAUAUGAAUUCUAAGUGAAACUUAUUGUUUUGGGUCUAGUUUUUUUUUCUUCUAAAUUCUUGCUUCCGAGGCUCAUCCAAUUUUUCAUAUGUUUACUUGUUACGCACGAAGUAGAUCAUACAAUAAGCUCUUACAUUUAAAAAGGAAAAAAUAAAAAAAUAAAAAGGCAACUCAUUUGCUGC